CGGCCGGUCCCAGCGGCGCCGGGUCAGGGAUGCCCCCAUGUCUGCUGGGGGCUGGAAGGAUCAGCCGGUGCCUGACCUGAGGGAGCCGAUCGCCUCCCGGCCGGCGUCCUGUGCCCUAGGCACCAGCUGCCCGGCAGUCCCCAGCCGGGGCCGGGCAGCGCCGUGCGGGCGUCCGGUCGGGGUGGGGGCUGGUCGCUGGCCGGGCGAGGCAGCGCCGUGUCACGGAGCGCUGGUCCCCGGCCCGCAGCCCCCUAACGCUGGUGUCGCUCUCCCGCCCAGGGCGCCAUGGUGAAGGAAACGGGAUACUACGACAUCCUGCAGGUGAAGCCCAGCGCCUCCUCGGACGAGAUCAAGCGCGCCUACCGCAAGCUGGCGCUGAAGUAUCACCCCGACAAGAACCCCAGCGAGGGCGAGCGGUUUAAGCUCAUAUCCCAGGCUUAUGAAGUUCUGUCGGACCCAAAGAAAAGGGACAUCUAUGACCAGGGUGGGGAGCAGGCUAUUAAAGAAGGAGGCUUGGGUGGCAGCAACUUCUCUUCACCCAUGGACAUCUUUGACAUGUUCUUUGGUGGUGGAGGCCGAAUGAAUAGAGAGAGAAGAGGCAAGAAUGUUGUGCAUCAGUUGAGUGUCUCUCUUGAAGACUUAUAUAAUGGAGUUACAAGGAAGUUGGCACUACAAAAGAAUGUAAUCUGUGAGAAGUGUAAAGGAUAUGGUGGAAAGAAAGGAGCAAUUGAAAAAUGCCCCAUGUGCAAAGGAAGAGGAAUGCAGGUUCUUGUUCAGCAGAUUGGACCUGGCAUGGUACAGCAAAUUCAAACUAUGUGCUCAGAAUGCAAAGGCCAAGGUGAACGAAUAAACCCAAAGGACAGAUGUGACAAUUGCAAUGGAUGUAAAGUUGUCAGAGAGAAAAAGAUCAUAGAAGUUCACAUUGAUAAAGGUAUGAAAGAUGGGCAAAAGUUGGUAUUUCAUGGAGAAGGUGAUCAGGAACCUGACCUGGAACCUGGUGAUGUUAUAAUUGUGCUGGAUCAGAAGGAUCAUAGUGUCUUUCAGAGACGAGGACAUGAUUUAAUUAUGAAAAUGAAAAUUCACCUCUCUGAGUCUUUAUGUGGCUUCAAAAGGACUAUUGAAACACUGGAUAAUAGAGUCCUUUUUAUAACUUCUAGACCAGGUGAAGUGAUAAAGCAUGGUGCUCUAAAAUGUAUCCUUAAUGAAGGGAUGCCUAUCUACAAGUCUCCACUGGACAAAGGUUAUUUAAUUAUACAGUUUAUGGUCAUGUUUCCAGAGCAUCAGUGGCUUCCCAUGGAGAAACUGCCUAUAUUAGAAGCUUUGCUUCCUCCACGAGAAGAAGUAAUGAUUACAGAGGACAUGGAUCAGGUUGAACUUACAGAGUUUGAUCCAAGAGAGCAAACUUGCCGUAAUAGUAGAGAAGUAUAUGAAGAAGAUGAAAGUCCCAGAACAGGAGUGCAAUGCCAGACAUCUUAAAAUGAAAUUGAAUGGAUGAGUCAUCUGGAAUGUUAAUUUUCACAAUGAAAACUGCAUGGCUUCAAUAGCCACUACCCUUUUUUUUUUUUGUCUUCAGCAAAUUGAGUUGCUGUGUUGCCCAUAUGUUUGUAACCAAUUCAUAUUUAAGUAUUCAUAGUCUUUAUAUGUAACUUAACAUUUCCUAGUUACGCAGCUGAGAAAAUGGACUGUGCAUAUCUUUUAGUUGCUAUAAAGGUCCACAGCUUUAGUGAAGUACCGCUCAGGAAGCAGAGUAAGUUCAAGAGUACUAUUUUAUGUAAGACUCUUGCAAUACCAGCUUAGUGUGUCUUAUGUAAAUAUUUUUCAUAUGGUAAAGUUAGCUUGUUUCCUACAAUAAAAACAUCUUAGGUCCAAGCAGAA